AUGUUCCUGUACAUCCUGGGACUGCUGGCCGUGUGGUUUGUCUACAGGUGGUUCAAGGAGUCCAAACGUGUGGAAGACAAAGGAAGCAAACAUGUCUACAUCACCGGCUGCGAUAGCGGCUUCGGGCAUCUCCUGGCCAAGCAUUUGGAUAAGCUAGGCUUCUGCGUGAUUGCCGGCUGUUACACUGAGAAGGGAGAAGAUGAGCUCAAAAAAGCCUGUUCUGACAGAGUGACCACUCUUCACGUGGACGUCACCGACUCGGCCAGCGUCAGACGGGCCGCAGCGCUCAUCGAUACUCAUGUGGGGCAAAAAGGUCUUUGGGCCGUCGUGAAUAACGCGGGCGCGGCCGUGCCAUCGGGCCCCACAGACUGGCUCACUAUUGAGGACUAUAAGGGUAUGCUGGCCGUCAAUCUGGUAGGCGUGAUAGACGUCACCCUCAGCGUCCUCCCGCUAAUCAAGAAGGCCCGAGGCAGGGUGGUGAAUGUGGCCAGCGUGUUCGGGCGAAUCAGUCCCUUCGGGGGCCCGUACUGCAUUUCUAAAUACGGUGUGGAGGCAUUCAAUGACAGCCUACGUUUGAACAUGGCGCCGUUUGGAGUCAAGGUGUUGUGCAUCGAGCCCGGCUUUUUCAAAACUAAUGUGACCAACGUCAAGCUGUUGGAAAAUAACCUGACGAAGCUUUGGGAUCGAUUGUCUCAGGAUGUGAAAGACGACUACGGAGCAGACUUUUUGGAGCGAGCAUUUGAUUUGAUGAGCAAAAGAUUUAAAGUGCUGACGGACAGCGACCUGAUGAAGGUGGUGGGCUGCAUGGAGCACGCUAUCGCCGCUGUGCACCCCCGCACUCGUUACUCUCCCGGCUGGGACGCCAAGUUCGUCUGGCUGCCUCUGUCCUACAUGCCCACCUUCAUCACUGACGGCUUGUUCCUUAAAUCCAGCCCCAAGAUUAAAGCGUCCGUGUUGUAA